GUCUUAGCAUAAAACACGAAUAAAGUAAAUGUAUCACCGAGAGACGAGACGUUUUAAUUAUACGAUCUGCAUGGCGGUCGGAGUUUGCGUCUAUCCUCUGGGCUGGGAUUCGCCGGUGAUUCGCGCCGUAUGCGGCGCAACUGCGUCUAGAUACAAUCCUGGCGCCUGUGCCGUGAGAUGGGCGAUACCGCUCGCUGCGAUUGCGGCUUUGGACGCGGCUACUUUGUCGGCGCUUGCCUUCAUCCUGGCCUCCAGACACGUAAGGCUGCAACCGGAGCCUUUUAAUAACGGAUCCCUGUACAAAGGCGAAGUGAAUCCAGGCUACAUCAACGAGGCCCAGAGCGUAGCUGGCUCCCGUAAGUCCCUGUCUUUAAGACCGGUCCUCCUAGUGGCACCGCCUGAACAGGACCGCUACAGCGAGCUCUCUAGGGCGAAGUCGCACUCGCAUCAUAGUCUGUACACUCCGGCACCAUCACAUCCGGUGCACACCAUGUCGACAAAUACUCUCAAUCAUUCGCAGCAUAAUUUCCAGCUCUGAGAUAGUCAAUCGUCAGAAAAAAAAACAAAAAACGAAGGUUAUUAAAUAAACC